UUGUGCUUCCUUGCCCCGCAUUUUCCUGUGGCCUUGAAUCCUGCUUGCACUCACGGACUCGCACCGCCGUCGCCGCACUUACCGCUGCCAUGCUGUGCUCGCUGCCACCCCCAGCCUCGCGCAUCUUGCCCUUCGCGGUCCUUUCAAGCCCGAGCGUGUCCUCAUAUUCUCCCUCCUCCUCUCCCACCCUUACCUCGCUCCCCCUUUCCGCCUUGCCCGCACCACCUCUGCGUCCCCAAGCGCCCUCCCCGCCCUCAAAUCCGCGCAUCUCGCCGCUCCUGACUGCAGUGUCGCGCGCCGCUAUCCCGCCAUGCUGCAGAGGGCGCUCGAUGCGCGCGCAGGGGGGAAUGACGGCGAGGAGGAGGGCGGCAGUGGCAACGGCGCACGUGGCGGGCGCCGGGACGGGGGGAGGCGAUGAGGGGGAGAGCAUGGGGGCAGCGGGCAGCACGGCCUUUUGUGUGUUCCCUCUCAGCGGAGUGUGUCUGCCAAGUCACUCUGGGGCACUCAAUGUGUACGACCCGCGCAUGCUUCAGCUCAUGGACGUCAUAGCGCUCGUGGCCGCAUCCCCCUCGUCCCCCCCAUCCGCGCCGCCUCGCUUUGCCAUGCUCCCCUCCUCCUGGACCUCUGCGCUCACUGCUGCAGCCGCCAAGCAGCACCGGGGCAGCAGCGGGGGGGAGGGGGAAGGGGGAUUGGCCGGCGGUGCGUUGACGUGGGGUGACGAGCUGGGCGGGGAAGGGGAGGGGGAGGGGGUUAAUGUCUGGUUCAAAGGUGGGGGACAACGGAGCAGAAGUGGGGGUGAGGAGGAGGGAAUGGGGCAAGGGAGUGGAGAGUGGAGGAGCGUGGAGGACAUCAUGAGAGACGCACCUGUUGGCUGUUGCUGUGUGGUGCGGGCGUCUCACCCGGAAUCUUGUGCCUCUCGCCUGGUGUCGUACGAGGCCACGCACCGCGUGCGCCCACAUGCCGUUCGCCGCGUGCACCCCUUCCUCGUGCUGCUCUGCCAUACGCUGCACGACCGCCCGCCGCCCGCUGUCACAGCAGCAGGGAGGGCAGCAGGGGCGGGCGCGCUGCAGUACGCGGCGCAGGUGGACGGGGCGGAGGGGCGCGUGUGGGAGCAGCUGAAAGAGGUUGCGUGGCUCUCUGCCAUCCUAACCCCCGCCUCCUCCCCCACGCCAUGCCACCAGCACCACAAUGCGCUGCCACGUGAACGCACCCCUCCCCCCUCUGCUGCGGCGUCGCUCCUCCCGUCGUCCGUGCUGCGCUUUGGCCCCGAUGCCAUGACGGGCGGCACCAGACGCGCUAGCAGCAGCGCUCAGGCCGCCAUCUCCACGUGGCGGAGCAUGAAGGGACCCCUGACUGUGGAACGGGCGGGUGGCGAGAGGAAGCAGGCGGGAGGGGUGGGGAGUGGUGGUGGCGGGGCUGCAGGGACGGAGGGGGGGUGGCAUGACCCGUACUGGAUGGCGCGAGAGGCACUCAGCAAGGCCCGGAGGCAAGAGGCCUUCUCGUUUGCCGCAGCUGACAUGGUGGACUUGGAGCAGCAGCAUCGCAGCUUGCUGCUAGGCAUGACAUGCACGCUGGAGCGACUGCUAUGGGUGCAAUCAGCCAUUGAACCCCAUCUCGCCUCGCUUCGUGCUCAAAUGGCUGUUCGGCGAGCAAUGGACUUGUGAAAUAUGUGAUCCACAGGGGUGAAAGGAGAAGGAUCCGUACAUCAUGUUCUGCAAGGUACUCAGACAGAAAGCAACAACCAUCCGUGCCCUUGCCUAACAACCUUCACCCAGUUGCACUCGGGUGCUUAUGCUACGCACUGUCGUGAAGUUAGGCUAGGUAGGAAUACGUGAAGCCAUGAAUAUGGCGUGAGAUCUAGAUCUAGGAGGUAGGCGUGAAGUUUGACGAGAGAAAAGAGGACUAGGAAAGAAGAGAGGGAUACAAGGAGGGGUGUUGUACCCUCUACAGUAAUGUUCAGUAACAUCUACCAAGCC